UCGUCCACGGCUCUAAAGCGCCUGGAGAAGGAACUGAUGGACAUCACUAAGGACCCCCCUCUCUUGUGCUCCGCGGGGCCGGUGGGGAAUGACAUGUUCACAUGGAGGGGGAUCAUCAUGGGUCCCCCCAACAGCCCCUAUGAGGGAGGGGUCUUCUCCCUAAAUAUAUACUUCUCACACGAUUACCCCUUUCAACCUCCAUGGAUUUACUUCACCACCCGGAUAUUCCAUCCCAAUAUUGACAAAAGAGGUCAUAUCCAUGUAGAUAUUCUUAAGUCCCAGUGGUCGCCUGUGCUUACCAUAUACAAAGUAUUGUUAUCCAUCACCUCCAUGCUAUGCAACCCCAACCUCAAUUACACCUUAGUUCCAUCCAUUGCGAGAAUGUACUUGAAGAAUAGGGUUAAGUAUAAUACUAUGGCGCAAGCUUGGACGAGAAAAUACGCCAUGUGA